AUGUCAACGUCCCUUUUAGUAGAAAAUAGCAGAAGCAUUAAUGCUAACGAUGAAAAUAGUAUGAAGGAAACUCAAUGCAUUGUACAAAAGAGAAAUGUUCCAAGAACAAUUCUCGGUAAUGUCACAAAUAAUGCAAAUAUCUUACAAGAGCUCUCGAUGAAUAAGAAAAUGGGAAUGAAAAGUUUCUCAAAACUAAGCUCUUUUUUUCCUUCGAAGGAUGAAGUCUCGAGACACCAUGAUUUCACCUCCUCUAUCAAUGAGAGUACGCAGGAAUCAAAACAAGAGGUGUUAAACAAUAAAGAAAAUAUUCCCGAAUAUGGAUGCGCAGAGCAACAACAGCAACAACAUUAUUCAAAUGGCAAUUCCGCAGAUACCAAUUCUCUGGCGUUGAACGGUAAUAUGUUAGCAUACUCUGAGAAUAAAUCAUUUUCCACAAAAGUGGAAUGGCAGAAAAGGAUCAUAAAGGAUGACUCAAAAAAAAAAAGGCCAAUAUCGACUCUUGUUGAGCAAGACGAGCAAAAAAAGUUCAAACUACAUGAUUUUACUGCGGAAGAAGAGAUUCUUGAGGAAUAUGAAUGGGAUGAUUUGGAUGAAGAAGAUUGUGAUGAUCCUUUAAUGGUGAGCGAAGAAGUCGAUGAUAUUUUUGAAUAUCUGCAUCACUUAGAAAUAACCACAUUGCCAAAUAGGUCCGAUCUUUAUAAACAUAGGAACAUAAAACAAAACAGGGAUAUCCUCGUGAAUUGGAUAAUUAAAAUCCAUAAUAAGUUUGGACUCCUGCCGGAAACUUUGUAUUUGGCUAUAAACAUAAUGGAUAGAUUCCUUUGUGAAGAGAUAGUUCAAUUGAAUAGGUUGCAACUGGUUGGGACAUCAUGUUUGUUUAUCGCUUCUAAAUAUGAAGAGAUUUACUCUCCUAGCAUAAAACAUUUCGCAUACGAAACAGAUGGCGCCUGCUCUGUGGAAGAAAUCAAAGAAGGCGAAAAAUUUAUAUUAGAGAAACUCGAUUUCCACAUUAGUUUCGCCAAUCCAAUGAAUUUUUUGAGAAGAAUAUCAAAAGCGGAUGACUAUGAUAUUCAAUCCAGAACAUUAGCGAAAUUCCUGAUGGAAAUUUCUAUUGUAGAUUUCAAGUUCAUUGGAAUAUUACCGUCAUUAUGCGCAUCGGCAGCAAUGUUCCUCUCGAGGAAAAUGCUGGGUAAAGGAAACUGGGAUGGUAAUUUGAUUCACUACAGUGGCGGUUAUACAAAGGCAAAACUAUAUCCCGUGUGCCAGUUAUUGAUGGAUUACCUUGUGGGACCCAUCAUUCAUGACGAGUUCCUAAAAAAAUAUCAAUCGAGAAGAUUUUUAAAAGCUUCUAUAAUUUCCAUCGAAUGGGCUUUGAAAGUAAGAAAAAAUGGUUACGAUAUAAUGACUCUGCAUGAGUGA